AUGCGUUUCACUGCCUUCAUCGCCGCCGGCCUCUUCGCCGUUGCCGCCAGUGCCCAGUCCUCGACCUCUGCUGGCACCGCCGUGGCUUCAAGCACUGCUUCCGUCGACCCUGCUCAAUCCUCCCUCGCUGCUCAGAUCCAGGCUUGUCUUGACGACUGCGAUGAGAGUGACACCAGGUGCCGCGCCAACUGCAUUGCCGUCCCCAGCCCUGACACCCAGAACGUAAACGCCACAACCUCUUGCGUUGCCGCGUGCCCCCAGGGCAACGGCAGCAAGGCCGACAACGACGCCUACGCCGACUGUGUCCAGGGCUGCAUUGGCCAGUACUACUACACCUCCACCGGCACGCCCAACCUAGCCACCAAGGCCGGCGGCAACAGCGCCUCCGAGGCCACUGGUGAAGUCAAGACAACCAUCACAUCCGGCGGCUCAACUUUCGUCACCGAGGUCCCGAAGACCGCUUCCCAGGCCUCGGACGCACCCGCCAGCACCAUGACCAACUCUGACAACGGCGCUGCUGUCUACGGCCCUAUCGGCACUGGAAUCACUUUCUUCGGUCUGCUUGCUGGCAUUCUUGCCCUGUAG